ACGAAGCUGUGAGAGUUGGCGGCGCGCGGUGGUCUCGUCGCUUGCCUUGUUUGCUAUACGAGCAGCCAAUAGGAAACGCCGUCAGCCCAGGCCGCAGCGUGAUUCACCGCGGGAAGCGGAGGAUGAGAGCGAAGGAAACAUUCCAGUUCUCCGUCGCUAUUGGCUGCUAUUGCUUUCUCUUCCCGUUGACGCCUAUGAGCCUUUCGUGCCUGCCUUUUUCACACAAGCACUGCCUCGGAGUAUCACAGGUUCUUACGGAUUGCUUCGAGAAGUAACCAUACAUUUCUCUGCCUAACCGAGGGAUCAUUUCGUUUGCAAAAUGCUCCUUUUUCCUGCCUUCUUCCUGGCUAGGAUGCAGUUGGAAUUCGCCACUUUUGACGCUUUUCUUCGAAGCCUUUUAGUUCUAGUCGUGAUUCGUUUUCCCAUGUGCUGGAAGCUUCAUUGUCUUGUGAAGUCCCUGACCAAGGUGCCAGUACCUUGAAUCCUGAGUGGCAUAGCUGAGAAAAACCCAAACACCAAAGAAUUUGAUAUUUUAAAAGAUGGAUUUGGCCAACCAUGGACUGAUUCUUCUGCAGCAGCUCAAUGCUCAGCGGGAGUUUGGUUUCCUGUGUGAUUGCACAGUUGCUAUUGGUGAUGUUUACUUCAAGGCACACAAAUCUGUCCUUGCCUCUUUUUCCAACUACUUCAAGAUGUUGUUUGUUCAUCAAAGCAGUGAAUGUGUCCGUCUGAAGGCAACUGACAUACAGCCAGAUAUUUUCAGCUAUCUCUUGCAUUUGAUGUACACUGGGAAAAUGGCACCUCAGCUCAUAGAUCCUGUUCGAUUAGAGCAAGGUAUAAAGUUUCUUCAUGCAUACCCACUGAUUCAAGAGGCCAGUCUUGCUAGCCAAGGAAACUUUACACAUCCAGAGCAAGUUUUUCCAUUGGCAUCUUCAUUAUAUGGUAUUCAGAUUGCAGAUCACCAGGCAAGAAAUCCUACAAAAGCAGCCACAGCAACUGACAAACCUGUACGAGGACCAAGGCCACAGUUGACAAGAGCAAAUCAAGAACAGAUGCAUGAAGCCACCCAGCUAUCACAGUUACCACCAACAACUCUGCCUCAAGUGCCCCAGACAAAUAUGGCCACUUCUGACCCAUUGCAGCCUUCGCUGUCUCCUGAACUGGUGUCAGCUGCUCCGCAUCCAUCUCCUCCAGGAGAUGAAAACAACAUGGAAGCCUCUUCCUCAGAUGAUCAGCCUGCUUCUCUCACAAUAGCACACGUCAAGCCAAGCAUUAUGAAAAAGAAUGGAAGCUUCCCCAAAUACUACGCUUGCCACCUCUGUGGUCGGCGAUUCAAUUUGCGAAGUAGUUUGCGUGAGCACCUCCAGAUCCACACAGGGGUACCCUUCUCAUCAAGCCAGCAUGGAGAAAGUAGUGUUCCUUUAUCUCUUUGUAAUAAUGCUCCUGAAAAAGAUGCUAUGGAAGUGCAUGAAGCUGGAAUGAUUAGUGAUAGUGAGUUACAGCAGAUCUCAGAUUCACCAAUAAUUGAUGGACAGCAGCAGGCAGAAACGCCACCACCCUCUGACAUUGCUGACAUAGACAACUUGGAGCAGGCAGAUCAAGAAAGGGAAGUUAAAAGGCGGAAGUACGAAUGCUCCAUUUGUGGGCGCAAAUUCAUUCAGAAAAGCCACUGGAGGGAGCAUAUGUACAUUCAUACUGGCAAGCCUUUCAAAUGCAGCACUUGUGACAAAAGUUUCUGUCGGGCCAAUCAAGCUGCUAGACAUGUAUGUCUAAACCAAAGCAUGGACACAUAUACCAUGGUAGACAAGCAGACUCUGGAGCUUUGUACUUUUGAGGAAGGCAACCAAAUGGACAACAUGCUGGUACAGACCAACAAACCAUAUAAAUGCAACUUGUGUGAUAAAACUUUCUCCACACCUAAUGAAGUUGUCAAACAUUCGUGCCAAAGUCAAAACUCUGUUUUUACUCUAGAAGAAGAUAGAUCCAUUUUGCUAGGUGGUGGGGAUGCUGAAACCACAGAGAGUGAUCAUUCAGUCUUGGACUCUAUCAAAAAAGAACAGGAAGCAGUGUUGUUAGACUGAAUGUGAAACUCAUAUCAUUUAAAAAAAAAACAGUUUGUCUUACUCAUUUUUACUAAACCUAUCCUGCUCCCCUCUCUACAACCAUAACUACACUGACAUGGAAGGAAGUCUGAUUCUGUUCCUUUUUCCAGCAAAAAUACAAAAUUAAUAAAGGGUGUUGUAUAACAUUAUAACAAUUGAUUUUAAUAUAGAAAAAAGUGUAAGGGUAACUCGGCUAACUAUGUGAAUAAGUGCUAAAAUGCAUCUAUAACAAACCAAGUUUUAAGACUGUUUAAAUAGAUACUUGAAUGCUGUGAGAGACAAGAUGAGAAAAAUACAGAAAGAAAACAAAACAUGUUUAUUAAAGUACAAUUAUUUUCUCUCAACUAAUUGCAUUUUAGGGAAAGAUUAAUUGAAGAUACAGAAUUCUCAUAGUUACACACCAAUAAGCUGUGUAUAGUUGUCAUUUUACAAAAGCUGAGAAAUUCCCUUAAUGACCUAAGAAUACGAUUUUAAACCACAUGAUUUUUGUCAAGUGUUUGUUUCCAGGUAACUUCAUUGGCAUUAUGUCUGUUCAAAAAGUGUAUUAUUAAGGCUACGACCCCAAGCACAGUGACUUGGUAGGAAAUCCCACUGACAGCAGUGGGACUUGUACUCCCAGAGAAAUGUGUUUAGGACCAGAUUUUACUAAAAUAGCAGUAAUAAUGUGAUGGCAAUCAUUUUAUAUGCAUAAAAGUGUAUGUGUGUGUGUGCUUUAGGUAAAUGCAGGUAAAAUGUGUGCAUACACCCCACUGGCCACAGCUGUUGACGUCUGACAAAUUGGUUAUUUUCUAGAAGCAUAUUUACAUUUAAAUUAGUCCAGGGUGUAUGCCUCUUUCCUGCUGAAUCCAAUGAUGAUGAUGAACAGUGCUGUCACCCAAAACAUGAAGGAAAUCAGAGAUUAGAAGAAUUGUACAUAGUGAGCCCUGUGCUAAACAUGUGGGAGUAAUAGAUUUGAGCCUUUACAGAGUAACAGAAAGAGGAAAAACUUUUUUAAAAAUCAAAACAGUAAUCGGAGUUUACCUGAUUAAUGUGUAGGAAUCAAGGGAAAGGGAGUCUGGUCCAAAAUAAUAUUUAACUACUGGCAUCCUCUUAUAACAUAGCAGAAUGGGAGAAGAAUGAUAAAAAUAUAUCAUGGUUGGUUUUUAAGUAACAGUGCAAAACAAAAAUUGAGUGGAAAGUUAUAUGGUCUUUAUGUUCCAUCACCUUAGGCUCCAGUCAAAGUAUGCAAAAAUAAAUAAAGGGGACAUAUUGUACAUUCAGUUUUUGUUCUGGAUAGUACUGUCUGCAAACUAAAAAUCAAGUUGCUGAUUUUUAUCUUUUUAAUUUAUGAAUAUAUUAAUAUUCUCCAGUAGUAAAAACCUACCUUGACAAGAGUGAGUCCAUUAAAGAGUUCUUUGUACUGGUGGGAAAGGUUCAGUAGACAGGUAUCCCCUCAGAAAUGGAGGCAGUGUGUGUUUUGAUGGGGGAGAGAGGCAGAUACAACUCUGCUCUUGUAUACAUAUUUCAUUUGAGUAUCAUCCUAUUUUGUGUAUAGUUAUGUUCUCCAGUUUGUAAGUUUUUAUACAUUAUUUUAUGGAAUAAAAAUGGAAUAAAUGAAAA